CAAGAAUACCCGACCCGCAAAAAGGCAAACACCCUACUUUCUCCUUCCCCCAUUUUCCUCGUCGACUCCUCCGUCGAUUUCGCGUUCAGUUCAGAGCAUCUAAUCUCAGUAAAAACCCUAAACCCAAUUACUCAAAAUUUAGAGCGAUGUCCGUUCUAAUCGUGACCAGCGUGGGCGACGUCGUGGUGGAUCUUCACGCCGAUCGAUGCCCUUUGACCGCAAAGAACUUCCUCAAGCUUUGCAAGAUGAAGUACUACAAUGGCUGCUUGUUUCACAAAGUUGAGAAGGAUUUCAUGGCGCAGACCGGUGACCCUACCGGCACCGGCGCCGGAGGUGACUCCGUCUACAAAUUCCUCUAUGGUGAACAGGCUCGCUUUUUUAAGGAUGAAAUUCAUCCAGACUUAAAACAUUCUAAAAUGGGGACUGUAGCAAUGGCUAGUGCUGGUGAGGAUUGCAAUGCUUCUCAGGUAUACCAUAACAUUUGCAAAGUAACUGGAAUCCUUGUCAUGUUUCUUGCAAGCUGUCCUCAAUACAUGAUGUGCUUUUAUGUCCAGGCUGAUCCUGAUAUGGGAGUCUUAGUUGUUCCAGUAUUUGGGCUUGUUGAAGAAAAAGAAGGCUUAGAUACCUUGGCAAAGAUAAACGAAUCACUUGUUGAUGAUAAAGGCAGACCAUUUAAAGACAUAAGGGAGUAUGAUUUGGUAAAUAUGCAGACAGCAGAGGAGCGCCUGGAAGAUACUUGGGUGCCCAUGGAUGAAAAAUUAGCACCAGAAGAACUUGAGGAGUUGAUUCGUGCUAAAGAUGCUCAUACUAAUGCAGCUAUUCUAGAGAGUAUAGGAGACAUCCCAGAUGCUGAGAUAAAGCCACCGGAGAAUGUCUUAUUUGUUUGCAAACUUAAUCCAGUCACUCAGGACGAGGAUUUAUUUACAAUAUUUUCUCGUUUUGGGACCGUAACAUCAGCUGAUAUAAUUCGUGAUUAUAAGACUGGAGAUAGCCUAUGCUAUGCUUUUAUUGAGUUUGAAACCAACGAGGCAUGUGAACGGGCUUUUUUCAAGAUGGACAAUGUGUUGAUUGAUGACCGCAGAAUACAUGUGGAUUUCAGCCAAAGUGUUUCCAAAUUGUGGAACCAAUACAGACAUGGUAAAGGGAGUCAAGAUCGUAAAGGUGGCUGCUUCAAGUGUGGUAAUACUGAUCACAUUGCCCGGGACUGUCAACAAGGCUCCAAUAACAAGCAGCAAGGACCAAAAUAUGUUCUGAAAAAUGAUCAGACCCAACACGGCGGAGAUGGUCGCAAGAGGUAUGACAUGGUGUUUGAUGAAGAUCUGGAAGACAAAAAUAUUAGAUAUGAUGAUAAAAAUAGAGCUGACGAGAGAGCAGAUGACCGAGCACACAGAGAUCACAGGAGAAGCUCGGAAAGCAGUCACCGACCGAAGGAUGAGAGAGAUUAUAGGAGAUCUGAGAGCGAUAGGUAUAGGAGAGAGGAUUACCAUGAAAGAAAGAGGAGAGAUCGAGAUGAUGAUGAUGCAUAGGGAAAGAAAAGAAGAGACCGAGAUGAUGAUAUGUACCUGGAAAGAAAGAAAAGAGAUCGAGAUGAUGAUAAGUACAGGGAAAGAAAGCAUAGAGAUGAGCAUAGGAGAUGAGAAGAAUGCAUCUUCUCUUUAUUUAAUACAAUGUUUGUAUUGUAAAAGAUGUUGCUAAAAGAGGGCA